AACUAACCUUUUCCUAUGUUUUUUCAAGUUAACGUUGGUGAGGACUGUCCGGUAUUUGAUGGCCUCUUUGAGUUCUGUCAGCUAUCUACUGGUGGCUCUGUGGCAAGUGCCGUGAAACUUAAUAAGCAGCAGACGGACAUCGCUGUGAAUUGGGCUGGGGGCCUACACCAUGCAAAGAAGUCCGAGGCAUCUGGCUUCUGUUACGUCAAUGAUAUCGUCUUGGCCAUCCUGGAACUGCUAAAGUAUCACCAGAGGGUGCUGUAUAUUGACAUUGAUAUUCACCACGGCGAUGGCGUGGAAGAGGCCUUCUAUACCACAGACCGAGUCAUGACUGUGUCCUUUCAUAAAUAUGGAGAGUACUUCCCAGGAACUGGGGACCUACGGGAUAUCGGGGCUGGCAAAGGCAAGUAUUAUGCUGUUAACUACCCGCUCCGAGAUGGGAUUGAUGACGAGUCCUAUGAGGCCAUUUUCAAGCCGGUCAUGUCCAAAGUAAUGGAGAUGUUCCAGCCCAGUGCAGUCGUCUUACAGUGUGGCUCUGACUCCUUGUCUGGUGAUCGGUUAGGUUGCUUCAACUUGACCAUCAAAGGGCACGCCAAGUGUGUGGAAUUUGUGAAGAGCUUCAACCUGCCUAUGCUGAUGCUGGGAGGAGGUGGCUACACCAUUCGUAAUGUCGCCCGGUGCUGGACGUACGAAACAGCUGUGGCCCUGGACACGGAGAUCCCUAAUGAGCUUCCAUACAACGACUACUUCGAAUACUUUGGACCAGAUUUCAAACUUCACAUCAGCCCUUCCAAUAUGACUAACCAGAACACUAAUGAGUACCUGGAAAAGAUCAAACAGCGACUGUUUGAGAACCUGAGAAUGCUGCCCCAUGCACCUGGGGUCCAAAUGCAGGCCAUUCCUGAGGAUGCCAUUCCAGAGGAGAGUGGCGAUGAGGAUGAAGAAGACCCUGACAAGCGCAUUUCAAUCUGUUCCUCGGACAAACGAAUUGCCUGUGAGGAAGAGUUCUCCGACUCUGACGAGGAGGGAGAAGGCGGUCGCAAGAACUCUUCCAACUUCAAAAAAGCCAAGAGAGUCAAAACAGAAGACGAGAAAGAGAAAGACCCAGAAGAGAAGAAAGAAGUCACAGAAGAGGAGAAAACCAAGGAGGAGAAGCAAGAAGCCAAAGGGGUCAAGGAGGAGGUCAAGUUGGCCUGAACAGACCUCUCCUCUCCAGUUCUGGCUUCUUGCCAAGUUCCCCACCUUUAUCCCACAACCCCUCAGAUUUUAUAUUUUCUAUUUCUCUGUGUAUUUAUAUAAAAAUAUAUUAAAUAUAAAUAUCCCCAGGGACUAGACAGGAACCAGGGCCCUGAGCUCAGGGCACACGUGUUAGGUGAGCUUUUCUAGUAGCUGCCUCGCCACCCAUCCCUCCCGAACUCUUAAUUUUGAACCAUAACGGAUGCCAGGUCUGGGUGGAAGGGGUACACUUAAAGCAGCCAUAGGACAAAAUGUUGAAGUGCCUGCCUAGUAGCUUUGAAAAGGUGCCCUUAUUGAGCAUUUUAGAAGGGGUGGCUGGGUCUUCAGGGACUCCCUGUUGUUCUCAGGCUCUUGUCAUCAGCCAUUUUUAGAUUGAUUCUGUUCUCAUACCUUCCCACUGGCCCCCAGUGAGCCAAGAAACUCACACUGCCUGCCCUCUCUGUCCUCCCCACAAUUCUGCAGAUGAAGAUUGGUAGUCUAGUUUCCUUUUUGAGAUACUAUUUUCGUUUUUGUGAGAAUCUUUGUAAUAAAAUGGUACAUUUCUACAC